GGAAGUGUUCUCCGCCACAAAACUUCGCCUCCACUUCAGCAGCCAUGCCCGGGCGCUUUGUGGCCACGAAACCAGUCGUUCACGCCGAACUCGGUUUGCGUUUGACGAGCCGCUUCUCCGCGCUCAUCGUCGCAUCGAGGAGAGAAGCUUUCUGAGGAGCAUGGAUGGAGUCAGCUGGAGCGCUGCCAGGUCUCACGAGUCUUUCAGAGGCUCCACAGCGACGGCCGACACCCUGUCCAGACUCGCCAGCUUCAUCGCGCGUGCCGACACCAAGCAGCACGUUCAGAACCAGCGCCCCAGCCUCCCCAUGUAUAUCUGCCAAGAGUGCGGUAAAGGUUUCCCCCACGCGGCCGACCUGCUGCAGCACCAGGAGCUGAAGCACACGUUGCCGAAGCCCCACCGAUGCCCGUCCUGUGGGCAGGAGUUCUCCCUGAGGUCGUCCUUGCAGCUGCACAAGUGCGACCGCGAACCCGCCCCGUGCGAGCUCUGUCGCGGGAUCUCGCGGCUCGGCUCCUCUCCGUGCCCGGCGUGCGCCGCCCAGGACUCGGACCCCGGUUCCAGGAUGCAGCCCCACGUGGUGGACCGCAGCCCGUACGCCUGCGCCCCGUGCGGGAGGGGCUUCAGCCAGAAGCAGGCCCUGCUGCACCACCAGCAGGCCGGUUGCAGCGAGCCGGCGUCGCCGUCGGACGUAGCCGACGCCAGCAGCCUCCCGGACGAAUCCCCGCCGGUUUCCGAGGGCGACUCCGCUCGGUCCGACUGUUCGGACGCGCCCCCGGGGACGAGCGGCAGAGCCGUCAGCGUGUGCCGGUUAUGUUCGAGAACCUUCCGCUCGGAGGCCGGACUCCAGCGCCACGUUCAGGGCCACCACGCGGAGGAGGGGCAGGACGCCAAAGGCGGCGGCAGUGCCGGUGGAGACGCACGAAAUCUGAAUGAAGACGAUAAUAAAAGACUAAAAUCGAAUAAGAAGCUUCUGAGCUGUCGCUCCUGUGACAUGGUUUUCAGGAGCACGUCUCAGCUGUACAUGCACCGGAAGGAGAAGCACAGCCGAGAGAAGAUCGUGAGGAGGGAACCGAGGCCGGUCGUCAGCAAGCGCAGGAGGAAAGGGGGAACGUACCCAUGUCAGCUCUGCGGUAAAGUCUUCGUCCAUCACCUGUCGCUCAGAGCACAUUACAGACGCCACACGGACUCCAGCUUCAGCAGCCAGUCUGCGCCGUGCGCCACCAAAGACUCCACGUUGUCUGAAAACGCACCAAAUAAAGUGAAACCCAGCCUAGGAGAUAAUAACAAUACUAAUACUAAUAAGAAGGCUGGUAGAGGGAGGCCCAGGAAGUUCCGGAGAGUUUUCAGGAAGGCUGGCGACGCAGGGAGAAGCGGCGAAGUGCCUGAACGUGUGGAGGAAGCAGCAGCAGCAGCAGCAGCGGCAGCAGAAAGAGAGUUUCCCUGCCCGUCCUGCGCAGAGGUUUUCUCUUUGCGGCAGGAGCUGAGGGAGCACGUGGAGCUGCACCAGUCCUCCGUGAGGACGCGGCAGUGCAGCGUCUGCGCCAGCGACAUGGACACCUGCAAGUGGCCGAGCUCCAAGAGGCAGCGGCUGUACCACUGCGUUCCCUGCCAGCAGGGCUUCUCAGCGCUGGACCCGUUCCUAGAACACUGUCAGGAACACCUACGGGUCCGGGUGGAGGAGGACGGACUCACCGAGGGCUACGCUCACCCGGCCGCUAAAGCCUGAGCUUCUCAGUCUGAUUGUCUCCAACGCUUUCUGCCUUUUUUUGUUGCCUUGAAGGGUUUUUAGACAGCGAUGAAACCUGAGUGAAAUUAUCCACAGCGACCACGUAUAAUCUUACACAUCUAUACGUUUUUCUUUAAGAAUUCCAAAUGUUUUCGACGUUCGGGGCCGGGAUUCGAUUCAGUAUCAGGUCAUUUAGAGACGCUUUAGUUUCAAAACUAUUCCACUCAAAUUUAAAAGUGGUCCCAGAGAUUUGUGGUGUUUCCCCCGUUCAGUUGGAGCUUGAAAAGGGGAAGAUGUCGGAAAUGUUUUUUUUCAUUUCUUUAUGAAUUGAUAUUAAAUCUUUCAAAUACAGGUGGAUUUGUUUUCUACUCAGCCCUUUGUUUAACAGUCUGAUGUGUUCGACAUGAGAUUCAUCACAGGUUUUUUGUGAAAAGGGGGGAAAUCGUACAGCGAGCUGAGUUCAUCCAGCCAGUUUUACCCUGAAUGACGCCACAGAGCAUAAACGUGUUAAGGUGUUAAUCCUGUGAAAUGACCCGACCUUGCUUCAUCGCGGCGUUUCCUAGCUAUGCAAACCGACUGAUUAUGUGAGUGAGUGAAUGGACUAGGAUUGACAGGAGUUUUGUGUUUUUUUUCCUUCUCUUCUCUUUUAGUUUUUAUUUUAAGGUGCUACUGUGAAAACGUAGGACGAGGUUUAGUAGAUUUGGAAGCUUCCACUUUUUCAAGGUCUUUUUGUAAGUUUAGCUGAAGACUCUUUAUAGGUGAGAUCAUUAAAACUUAUCAGAACUCA